AUGGAUUCCAGGGGGGAGUUGGAAGAGGAAGUAGCUGUUGGUGGGGAAGACAGUACUGGUACUACCAGUGGGUUGAGGUCUUCCCUGAGAUUCUCCACUGAUGUGGUGGACAGGGAUGAAGCUGAGUUGCUGGAGUUGAUCAGGGCCUACUUGUUGGUCUCUGUUGUCACUGGCACUGUGACUUCUAUGGUGUGCCAUUUGACUGGUGUCGCUGCUUGUUCAUUGGAUGAACUGUUGAUUUACCUUGAAAGGGAAUGUUUUUGUGCGUUAUAUUUUGUGACCCUGAGUUCAGUAGCUGUGUCUGGAUGUUGCAAAAAGAGCAGAUUUCCGUUUCACUGCCCGGAAAUGGAUUUCCUGGACGUGAGGGUGAAGUUGAGUCAGCAGAGGAACGUCACUGGUGGUCAUGUAGAAGGAAUGCCGCGGCCGGGCCAGCUGGAGGUCUACCAUGGCCCAAUGUACCAGCACCUGAGUUUUGCUCAAGUUUUGGGAGAAGUUGCCAACUUUUUGAAGUCUUAUCCCAGUGAAACUGUGCUCAUGAAACUCAAUGAGGAGCUGUACACUAAAGAAGAGAGAGGGAAGCCAGAAUUUGUGAAGAAGCUGUCAGAUGAGCUGAAAAAGUACCAUGACAUUCUCUGGUGUUGUGACUACAUACCAAGCAUGAAAGACAUGAGGGGCAAAGUGGUGAUCAUCAGGAACUACAAAGGGGAGCCUUAUUUUGGCCUCAGCAAGGACCUUUUCUGGGUGCAGAACAUGUGGGACAUUCCAACCCUCUGGCACUUGGACAAGAAAAAGGCUGCUUUCAAGAGGCUCUUUGAUCUCUCUGGGUCUCUUGGAUACCUCAGAGAGCCUGUCAUCAAUUAUGCUUCUGCCACUGGCUGGGCUGCACAUCCACACAUGGUGGCUGCAAGGAUGAACAAGUAUGUCCUGGAGCUCAUCAGUAUGGAGUGCUCUCCCUGGAAAGUGGGCAUAGUGCCAAUGGACUUCCCAGGCUAUGGAAUCUUACACAGGAUCAUAGACUCAAACUUCUGCCAGGAUUCAAAGACACCUGGCCCAAAGCACUAUGGGGACUGCAGGGCUCAGUGGAACAUGGCCAGCUUUGGGUGCAAGGUCACCAGGGACAGGUGUGCACCAGGGCACAGUGUGCAAGUGAAGCACUUUUGGAAGCUCUGGAAGUGCAUGUGCACUUGUCAAGACAAUGCAGCCAUGACAGACAGGGGAUGUGGGACCAUAAGGGAGAACUGGUGUGACUGAGCUACCAAAUAUAUAAACAGUACUUUACUUGUGUAUACUCUAUAUCAGUGUUCCCAACCUGUGGUUUGCUAACUGGCACCAAUCUGUAUAUACAGUAGAAGUUUUUUUUGGCCAGUAAAUGGGAAAUUUUCUGCUGCUUAAUAGAUUUAUCAAAAGUAGCAAUGAAGUCUGUCAUCUUCAUCUGGAAUUUUUGAAUGACAAUGGCAGUUGAAAUUAUUUGAUGAAAAAAUAAAACUUGAAAUUUCUUGUAUUAAUAAUGCCUCAGACAAAUUUUCACCGGCUGAAAUAAAUUAUUUUAAUUUUUUCUCAUUCUGAAAAACCUUUCUUCAAGCCCAGUUUUCUAAUUAUUCGAAAACAUUCCUCAAUUUAUAGCUGCUUUAAUUGGUUCUUGACUAAAUUUUUUGCAAACAGUAGACACUUUUUAAAUGCUGUACCUGCCAUAAAGUUUUUCAAGGAACACUGUUUUGAGUCUGCAAACAUUUUAUGAAACUUUGCCAGUCUCCAGACAUUUUGUGUGUGGAAAUUUGCUGGUCUGCAGAAAACGUUUUGGAACUUUGCUGGUCCACAGGCCCGAAAAGGUUGGGAACACUGCUCUAUAUGAAAAUACUGUACAACAACAGCAACCCUGACCUCAACCUGUUGUUUUCUGUACCACUAAUACCCCCCCCCCUUGAUUCUGGUGUAUAUGUGUAUGAGAGGGGAGCCAUGGAAUGCUGGACUUGACACACACUUGUUUUUUAUUUUAGGCUCAGUUUGACCUGGGUAUACUCAGUAUUUUUAUGACUGUAUCAUUUUUUCUCUUAUUUUUGAUGCCUGGUUGUGCCAUGUUUUUUUCCAUUGUUAUUGCAUUUACAAUCAUGUUACUAAAAUUAUAUUCAAUUGACAAGAAACAAUUUGUUGUAGGGAGAAUUUUGUUGUAGAGAACUGCUUUAAUAUUGGGAGAGAAUGUUGAGGGACCAAAAAAUUCUUUAUACAGAGAAUAUUAUUGAAGUGAGAUAGAGUCCACCUUUGUAAUCAAGUUUACAUCUUGGCAAGAUUACCAUAAAACUUGUGUUUCACAAACCUCGUUAUAAUGAAUUGUCUGUAUAUAGUGGGAUG